CACAGAGCCGGGCCGAUGUCGGGCGCCUUGCCGCUGAGGCGGGCCGGGCUAGUGCUGCUCCUUAUGGCCGCCGCGCCCUGGGCCGGGGCGAGGCCGCCGCCCGGCGCCCCCGUGGGCCAGCCCCGGCCCAGCGUGGUGCUGGUGGUUUGCGACUCCUUGGAUGGACGCUUGACGUUUUAUCCUGGAAAUCAGACUGUGGAUUUGCCUUUCAUAAAUUUUAUGAAAAGAUAUGGCACUGUCUUUCUCAAUGCCUAUACCAAUUCUCCAAUUUGUUGUCCUUCCCGUGCAGCGAUGUGGAGUGGUCUUUUCACGCAUUUAACAGAGUCUUGGAAUAACUUCAAAGGUCUAGAUCCAGGUUAUGUAACAUGGAUGGAUCUCAUGGAGAAGCAUGGCUACCACACACAGAAGUAUGGGAAAUUGGACUAUACUUCUGGACAUCAUUCAGUAAGUAACCGUGUGGAAGCUUGGACUAGGGAUGUUGACUUUCUGCUCCGCCAAGAAGGGAGACCUAUGGUAAACCUGACUGGUGAUAAGAAGCAUGUGAGAGUGAUGGAAGCAGAUUGGCAGAAUACUGAUAAAGCAGUUAAUUGGAUAAAGAAUGAAGCCGUUAACCUUACUCAACCAUUUGUUCUUUACUUGGGGCUGAAUUUACCACACCCGUAUCCAUCACCCUAUGCAGGAGAAAAUUUUGGAUCCUCUACAUUUGUAACAUCUCCCUAUUGGCUUGAAAAGGUGACUUAUGAAGCUAUUAAAAUACCCAAGUGGUCUUCUCUUUCAAAGAUGCAUCCAGUAGACUAUUACUCAUCUUACACUAAGAAUUGCACAGGCGAGUUUACAAAGCAAGAAGUGAGAAAUAUUAGAGCAUUUUAUUAUGCUAUGUGUGCAGAGACAGAUGCCAUGCUCGGUGAGGUUAUUUCAGCUCUGAGAGAUACUAGGCUUCUUAAAAAAACAGUUGUUAUAUUCACUGCAGAUCAUGGAGAACUUGCUAUGGAACACCGGCAGUUCUAUAAAAUGAGCAUGUAUGAAGGAAGUUCACAUGUUCCCCUUUUAGUUAUGGGGCCAGGCAUAAAAAAACAGCAGCAAAUACCAAAUGUGGUAUCUCUUGUGGAUAUAUAUCCUACUAUGCUUGAUAUAGCAAGAAUUCCUGUCCCACAGAACCUCAGUGGAUAUUCUCUUAUACCACUGCUACAUGGGAAGGCUGAGAACGGAGUGUCACCCAGAGGGCAUCGGCCCUCAUGGGUAUUGAGUGAGUUCCAUGGAUGCAAUGUAAAUUCUUCCGUGUACAUGCUUCGAACUGGCAAAUGGAAAUAUAUCACGUUCUCAGAUGGCUGUUCAGUACUUCCACAGCUGUUUGAUCUUACUGCUGAUCCGGAUGAGCUGACAAACAUUGCUGUAAAAUUCCCAGCAAUGGUACAUUCCUUGGACAAAAUACUCCACUCUAUAGUAAACUACCCGAAGGUUUCUUCUUCUGUUCAGGAGUAUAACAAAAGACAGUUUAUCAGCUGGAAACAAAGUUUAGGUCAGAAUUACUCAAAUGUUAUUGCCAACCUUAGGUGGCAUCAAGACUGGUUAAAGGAACCAGAAAAAUAUGAGAAUGCAAUUGACAAAUGGCUUCAUCAAAGGUUUCCAGAGGAGCCCAGUGCAUGGGGGCAGGUUUGCAGAUAAUGCAGAAAACCCUAGGAAUGUGCCAGCUCACAAAGCAGAGCUACAGCAUCAAGAGGCAGAGAUGCUCCAUUGCAAGGUGAUUCUGUGGUAUCAGAGCCAACCAGUUGUGAUCUGAUCUGAAGCCAGUAUGUCUACUCUGGUGCUUCUUUUCGUAUCCCGUAGUCUUAAAAUGCUUAUUUAAAUAGAAGACCCUGACUUGUUUGCUAAAAGUAAACCUUUGACUUUUCCAAGUUACUAUUUGCAUGUGAACCUUCGUUCUUAAAAGCUAGAGAGAAGGCAAAAGCCCCCUAGUGCCUUCCGGCCUCUGUUUGCAAUAAAUAGUCUACCUGUGUUGGAAUAGAACUGAGCUAAUUUAAAUACUAAAAUAGAUACAUUUAACAAUGCAGUCAUAAUCAAUUACUCUGAUUUAGUUAUGUGAAUGCAUCUGCAUUAUUGUAACACAAAUGAGACUUGCAGCAUGCAAGGUUGGCUAACUAACAGGAAGAAACUUGUUUUCAAACGUGCUAAGGGAAUUAUGUAGUAUUAACAUUGAAGAGCAAUUUUUGAAUGAAAGGGAGAAGGG